AUGCCAUCUCCUCUUCCUCUUAGUCGUCUUCUUCAUUUGGAAUUUUCUCCAUCUGUGAAUGUGCGACCCUGUAGCAGUCCCUUGGUGCUGCCUGCCAAAAGUGGAAAGCUCUUGGUAGGGGAAAAUUCUCCCAAACUGCAUCGGCUGCCCCCUCGCCUGGCUUGGUGUUCUAUAGACUGGCAUCAUUUGUGUCUGCUGCAUCCCCUAGGCUCUGGUGGCUUUGGUUCGGUCUACAAGGCUACUUACCGUGGAGCUACAGUGGCUGUAAAGCAGGUGAAGAAAUGCAGUAAGAACAGUUUAGCAUCACGGCAGAGCUUCUGGGCAGAACUAAAUGUAGCACACCUUGAUCAUCAAAAUGUGGUGCGUGUAAUAGCUGCUAGUACAUGCUCCCCUGCUGAGCAGGAUAGUUUGGGGACCAUAAUAAUGGAAUAUGUAGGUAACAGCACUCUGCAUCAUGUUAUCUAUGGGACUAACUGGGUAACAGGAAAAAGGAAGGAUGAUGGCCUUGGAUGUGGCCGAGAGUCCUUAAGCUUAGCUCAGUCUCUGCACUACUCCUGUGACAUUGUGGCAGGUCUAGUCUUUCUCCAUUCACAGUUAAUUGUGCACUUGGAUGUAAAACCUGCUAACAUAUUUAUCACUGAACAAAAUAUUUGCAAGAUUGGAGACUUUGGAUGUUCCCAUAAGCUAGAGGAUAUUGCAACCUCAGGCCCACAGCUGUAUCACCAAGGGGGAACAUAUACCCAUCGAGCUCCUGAACUCCUUAAAGGAGAAAAAGUGACCUCCAAAGCAGAUAUUUACUCUUUUGCUAUUACUCUCUGGCAAAUGGUUACACAGGAAGAGCCUUAUCUGGGUGAGCACCAGUAUGUACUCUACUCUGUGGUGGCUUAUAACCUGCGCCCCUCUCUGACUGCACCUGUGUUUAGAGACUCAGCCAUCGGACAAAAUCUUGAGACUAUAAUUGGAAACUGUUGGAGAGCUGAUGUAGCAGAGCGUCCUAGCGCUGAUCAUCUUCUUCACAAUCUUAUUUCUUUAUCAUUAACAUUGUAA